CGCCACCCAACUUGACUCCCAAUUAUUUUUUAGGAUUCCGAACAUCGCGUUGCAGCACUCCUGAGACGAUACAAGGAUGUCGUCAAGCGCCGGCGGUCGGCCCCGCAGUAACCGCCGCUGCUGCAGCGGACCCUCCGCCGCGACCCAGUCGCCGGAUGCUGCUGCCCCGCUGCUGCUGCUGCUGCUGCUGCUGCUACUGCUCGCCGUGACAGCUGUGUCAAGGCUCCCGUGCGUCGCCGGCCGCGCUCCGCCGCCGCUGGCACCAGCGGCAGUAGCAACAGCACCAGCGCCACCACCGCCGCCACCGCCACGUCCGGCGCCCGCAGCAGCAACUGGCGGCGGCACGAACACCGUCGUCGUUACGAAAGCCGUUUGCCGCUGCCCCGAGCUCCCCGAGCCGCCCCCCGCCGGCACCCAGCGCCUGUACCUCGCCAUCACCACACACACCGGGUCCAAGACUCAGCGGCUGGCGUUCAACGGCUCCCGGGUGGGACCCCAGCUGCGGCUGACGCUGGGGCGCACGUACCAGGUGGAUGUGGCCAACGUGGACGUGGCGGCGGGUGUGACGGUGCACUGGCACGGGCUGGUGCUGGGGCCAGAGGACGCGUGGGCAGACGGCGUGCAGGGACUCACGCAGGAGCCCAUUCCGCCGGGCUGUGUGUUCAGCUACCGCUUCACCGCCCGCAAUGCCGGCACGCUGUGGUACCACUCCCACGUGCCGGGACAGUUGGGUGAGGGGCUGCGCGGCGCGCUGGUGGUUGAGGACCCCAACGACCCCCUGUACAGCCUGUACGACAGCCACAAGGGGGGCGGCGGCGGCGGCCAGCCGGAUCCGGAUCCGAAUCUGGAUCCGCAGCCGGAUCCACUGUCGGAUCAGGUGAUGCUGCUGGGUGACGUGUUCAACGUCAGUGCUGCCCAGCAGCUGCGGCGGCUGCAGGAGAACGGCAUGGGUAUGAGUAUGAGUAUGGGCGCCAUGGGCGAUAUGGCCGGCAUGGGAAUGAGUAUGGGCGGCAUGAGCAUGGCCGGCAUGGGCAUCAGCAUGGGAAUGAGUAUGGGCAUGAGUAUGGGAAUGGGACAGGCGGGGCCGGGGGCGGAAGGAGGCGGAGGCAGUAGCAGCGGUGCGGAACGCGGCGACAGUGGCAGCAGCAGCGGCGGCAGUGGCAAUAGCAUGCAAGGCAUGGAGAUGGGCGGCAGGGAAGGCGGUGAGAAAGGCAGUAGCAGCGACAUGGAAGGAGGCGGCAGUAGCAGCAACAUGAGCAUCAGCAGCGGCAGUAGCAAUAGCAGUAGCAGUAGCAAGAGCAACGAGGCCAGCCGCAUCACGGGCAGCAGCAACAGCAGUAGCAGCAUGACGGGGUGUCCGGGGCAGGACCUGUCGGAUGCGCCCUGGUACGGACUGGAGGUCAACGGCGACUCGCUCCUCACCACGGGGCGGCCGGCGGUGUUGGCGGUGCGCCCCGGCGGCCGCCACCGCUUUCGCCUCAUCGCAGCCACAAGCUCCUGGGGCCUGGCGGUGCGGGUGCAGGAACACCGCCUGACGGUGGCGGCGCUGGACGGGCGGCCGGUAGCGCCGCGGCCGGCGGCGGGCGUGGUGGUGACGCCGGGGGAGCGCGUGGACUUCAUACUGCACGCCAACGCCUCCGCCGCCAACUACCUGAUCCACAUCACCACCCUCAACGGCCACGACACACACGCCGUGCUGUCGUACGUCGGCGCCCCCGACCCCCUCACUGACCCCCGGGUCGCGGCCGCCACCCGCGCCGCCGCCGCCACCGCCUCCGUGACGCCUGCGGACUCGGCCCGGGCGUGUGCGGCGCUGGUGCGGGAUCAGGCCGUACAGGGCGGCGUGCUGGACACCAAAAACGACACCUCCCUGAGAGCCGGGCCGGGCGUGCCGCUAGUGCCGCCGCCGCCGCAGGCCUCCACCAAGACUUUCACCAUUUACCUAGCCAACGCCGCGGAGCCAGACAAGGCCGCCGCGCAGGCGCCCCCCGGCUUCGCCGCCCGCGCCGCCCGCCCCGGCAAUGUGUACGGCCUGCCUCCCGGCGCCAUCCGCCACACCACACUGCCGCCACGGCCGCCACCGCCGGGGCCACCACCACCCACUGCAGCGCAAGACAGCAGUGGCCGUAGCAACGGCACCGGCGCUGGCAAUGGCGGUAACAGCAGCAGCGGCAGUAGCAGCGGCAGUGGCAGUGGCAGUGCCAGCGGGAGUGGCGGAGGCAGUAGCAGCAGUAGCAGCAGUGUGGGUGGCGGCUGCCCGCCGCUGCCGGGUGGCGGCGGCGUGCGCUCCAAGUACUGCUGGUCCCUGAACUGGAACCUUUUCACCGCACCGACACGGCUGCCCAUACUCGACAUCUCAACUGCAUCGGCGGCGGCGGAGGCGGCAGACGCAACAGCCCCCGCAGGCAACGCCUCAUCGCCGCCGGAGCCGCUGUGCGGCGGGCACUGCAUUGGAUCCAGUGAUGAGGCCAGCGGCGGCGGCGGCGGCGGUGGCGGCGGCGGCGGUGGCGGCGUGCCGUACGGCAUUCGGUUGGAUCUGGGUGACGUGGUGGAUCUAGCGAUGGUGAAUCCGUCAAUGAUGGUGCACCCCAUGCACCUGCACGGCACCGGAUUCUGGAUCAUGGCAACCGGUAACGGCCGCAUCACCGAUGAACUAACCGACGACUUGGAUUGGGGCCGCGUGGCGGCGCUGGCGGCGGCGGGGCGCGGGAGCUACAACCCGCGGGACCCGCCGCUUCGCGACAUCGUGCCCGUGCCGCAGGCUGUAGCCGCAGCCGCCGCCCCUGCGCCGGGUGCUGCUGCCAGCAGUAGCGGUGGCCAGGGUGGCAGCAGCACCAGCCACAGCGGAGGUAACACUACCGGCAGUAACAGCAGCAGCAAUAGCACGGCGGCGGACGGGUACGGCUAUUCGCUGGUGCGCUUCGUGGCGGCCUCGCCGGGCGUGUUCGCCUUCCACUGCCACACCGAGCUGCACAUGGCCAGUGGUAUGAUGCUGUACUUCAUUGUCAGUGAGGGCCGUACGACCAACAGUAGCAGCAGCAAUAGUAGCAGCAGUAGCAGCGCCAACUCCAUGUUGAUGAAUGGAACUUACGGGAUGACAGUUGCGGGCGGCGGAGGCGAGCUGCAGGACGGCGGCAGCAGCAGCAGCCGCAGCAACAGCAGCAGCACCGGCAGCAGGGGUGGCAGUGGCUGGUACGUGCCAGGCAACCUGACCUGCGGCGCCGGCAGCAGCAGCAGCAGUGCGGUGGCCAGCGGCGGGCUUGGCUGUGGCUGUGGGCGGAUGGGUGUCAGUGCGGGUGAUGGCGGCGAUGUGGCGCCCCCAGGCGGACUGGGUGGGGGUGCUGCCACCGGCAAGAACACGAGCGGGAAGAAGGUGAAGCGGUAGUGGCGGCCGUGGAGACUGAGGUCUGAGGCGCAAGGGAAUUGAUUGACCCUGGAUUGCUGGGUGGUGUUGACUGGGUGGUUGCUGGUACCAUUGAUGUUGUUUGCGCGUGUGCACGUUGGGGACUGCAUACGGUGGCCCUCCGCCGCACAUGUUAACCUCGGCCCAAAUUGGGAUGUCUCCUUGCAAGCGGAUGUUACCAGGGAGGUAAGGGCAGCAACAUACUCAGAGGCGACACUGGAUUACGUAAAGCGGUGAUUGAGUAUGUGUCGAGCCGGGGUCGCAGGUUACAGGGAGAGCAGCACAGCUGAAGGCGUGGACGGUCGGGCACGGUCCGGCGUGCCGAAUGGGCCAAUCGCUA